UGACAUCAAUCUUGAAUCCAAACAAACCCUCUGUUUUGUAACAGCAGCAUCACAUUUCUCUCCUGGAUUUAUCAUCCUUUAGACUCGGGACAAUCCCAAUUUUCUUCUGUCUCUACAUAUUCUCCAUCCACAGAAAAUAAGGUCACGUAGAUGAAAUAAAAACUCAUUUUUACCAAUUCAUUGUCAACCCCGCAAUUACUUGCACUCUCUUUCCACGUUCGUGAUAGUUUUAUAUAUCCAUAUAUAUUUGCAUAAUUAGGAUAAUUUAUAUAUUGCAUUUGUGAUAUAAGUAGUGAAUCAGUGCUGAGUGACACUACAUGGCAUGCAUGAAGUUGGGUUCCAAAGCCGACGUUUUUCUUCUUGAUGGCCACACCUGGCUCUGCUCCACUGGGCUUUCCAGUGAUGUUUGCAUUGAAGUUGGAGAAAAGUCCUUCCGUCUUCACAAGUUUCCACUGUUGUCCCGGAGCAGGUUUCUGGAAAAACUUAUCCGAGAAUUUCCUGAGAAUGAGAAAUGUGUUUUGGAACUUCAAACUAUACCUGGCGGAGCAAAAACAUUUUUGCUCAUAGCCAAGUUCUGUUAUGACGUUAAACUUGAACUCACAGUGACUAAUGUGGUCAGCCUUAGGUGUGCGGCUGAGUAUCUUGAAAUGAAUGAAGAUUAUGGAGAAGGAAACCUUAUUAAACAAGCCGAAAGUUUUCUCAAUGAAGUAUUUGGAAGUUGGGUAGACACUUUUAAAGCCCUCGAAACUUGUGAAGACAGCCUUCCCCUUGCAGAAGAACUUCAUAUAGUUUCACGAUGCAUUGAUCGCCUGGCAACGAAAGCUUGUGCAGAACCAAUUCUUAUGAGUAGGCCUAUGUCAGGACGAAGUGGCGCUCAGAGUCCAGUCAGUACUGUUCUAUGGAAUGGUAUACACUCGACUUCCAACCAACGUACCCCAACUGAGGAUUGGUGGUAUGAGGACGCGGCAUUUCUUAAAUUGCCUUUCUUCAAGAGGUUUAUACUGGCUGUUGCUACUAAAGGCAUGAAACCCCAGAAAAUUGCUGAGGUGGUAAUGUUCUAUGCCAAGAGAUAUCUCCCCUUAAAUGGUAGGCAAUCGAGCUUUCAGAAUGGAGACAACCGCACGCAUGGAUCAACGCUUCACAUUACAUCUGAUGCAGAUCAGAGGACCCUUCUUGAAGAGAUAGUUUGGUUACUACCAAAUCAAAAGCGUGUGACGCCCACCAAAUUCCUGCUUAAACUUCUGCGAACAUCCAUGAUCCUACAGGCAAGUACAUCUUGUCGAGAGAAUUUGGAAAGGAAAAUCGGGGCCCAAUUCGAUCAAGCAGUUCUGGAAGAUCUUCUAAUACCAAACAUGGGCUACUCAAUGGAGACCCUUUAUGACAUAGACUGUGUUCAGCGAAUCGUCGAUCAUUUUGUGUUGAUGGAUCAGGAUACCUUAAACCCUCUGGCGAACGAGGACCAGUUUGUAGGAGAUUCUCAUUCAUUUACACCAAUGAAAAUGCUGGCAAAUCUUGUGGACAGCUAUCUAGCUGAAGUGGCACCUGAUGUUAACUUGAAAUUAUUGAAAUUCCUGUCCCUUGCUGCUGUAAUUCCAGAAUAUGCCCGGCCUGUUGAUGAUGGAAUUUACCGUGCGAUUGACAUAUACCUAAAGGCACAUCCAUGGCUAACAGACUCGGAAAGGGAACAGCUCUGUAGGAUCAUGAAUUGCCAGAAGUUGUCAUUGGAAGCUAGCACCCAUGCAGCUCAGAAUGAGAGGCUACCAUUGCGCGUCAUCGUCCAAGUUCUGUUCUUUGAACAGCUCCGGCUGCGUACAUCUGUGUCUGGUUGGCUUUUUGUCUCUGACAACCUCGAGAAUUCACAAAACCUAAGUGAGAAUCUAGUACCAAGAGAUGAUUGCAUGGUUCCCGUAAGUUCUGGAGGUGAACAGAUUGACACGGUUAAUGACAUGAAUGGACGGGUCUCUGAGCUUGAAAAGGAGUGCUUGAAUAUGAAACAAGAGAUAGAGAAGCUCGUAAAGACUAAGGGGAGUUGGGACAAUUUCUUUAACAGAUUUGCAGUAAAAUUUAAGACUAAGUCUUUCGACUUAAAGUCAGUGAAGAUGCCCUGCAAAGGCCUAGAAGUAAAAAGCAAAGGCCUAGAAGUGAAAAGGCCUAGAAAAGCAGUUUCAAAUGGAAAACAAAAUCACGACACAUGUAAGUUGGAUGAUCAAAUACCUGAUCUUUAAAAAAACUUAUGUAAUCGUGUCGAUUUUUU